AUGGCUACGCGGACUGAUGAUUCGUCUUCACUUUUUGUGAAUGGCGACCACGACAUGGAGAUUGACGACGAUAGCGUCUCUUUAACUUCUACUGUUGAAUCAGCACACGACUCUGAUGAAGAGUUUGUCGUAGAUGCCAUCCUUGCUGAGAGACCGCACGAAUCCGAACCAGGCGCCAUGCAGUAUCUGAUCCAGUGGGAGAACUACCCCGUCUUUCGAAGCACCUGGGAAGGCAUCGAAAAUCUAUCAGAUGAGCUCUAUCAACAAUGGAGCGAACAGAGGGAGCAAGAGAAGAAGGGUCUUCGCGUGCCGUUUGAUAUUCGAAUCUUUGAAGACGCGAUGACCGAAGAGUUCCGACGCAAGGCGGCUAGGCACAGCCUACGCAACGACAAACGGAAGAGAUUGGGCUUACCCUUGACGAGGCCCUUCCCCGCCGAUUAUGUUGGUCCUGAAACAACAGUUGAAGCAAACUACGAAGACUCGGAAUCUAGUGAUGAAGCUAUGGAGGUGGAAGAUGCCAUAGACCCAGCUACAACCAGUCCUCGGCAACGGGUCAUCAAACAGUCGACUUUCAAAGGCAUGACUAGUACCAAACCAUUGAGCAAACCUUCAGCGCCAGCUUGGCAGGGCACCGCAAGAAAGCCUACAAGCAGUGACCAGAUGACGGCCGACAAAAAUAGGAGUGACCAAAAGAGAGCCGAUCAAAAGGCAACCAACCCAAAGACAGCCGCAACCAAGAUAUCCACCGUCAUUGUCAACAAAACCAGUUCCAAUAUGGCAUCCUCUUCAAGCCUAGCUCACAAGUUUCAGGGGAAACGGCUCAAGGCAACACGGUCCAUUCCAAAGCUGGUACAGCCGCAACCAAAAGCCACUUCAUCUGGUACAGAGACCGCUUCAAAGGUUCGCAAACGUCGUGCCAAUCUCAAGGAUGCGAUGAUGGAUCCGAGCCGGGCACCCUCGUUCAUGUCCAAUAUGCAUCGUGUCAAUCAGCUGAGAAAGAAAGCUCUCGAGCUUAACGAUUCCGCGCCAUCAGAUCCAUCUUCUAUUCCGGCUGGAUACUUUAUCACGAAUGAUGCGCCACGGCGAAAAGUUCCUCCUACAGAUCCAAACGCGGAAGAAUCAAACACGGCAGAUCUAGACGCCCGAUCCGUUAUCGGUGGCCUGUUAUCAUCAAUUGCGCGGCCAAAAGACCCCGAAAAGCCUCGGGCCAAGAAAACAGUGCGCUUUGCAGACGAUGUAAUUGAUAUGCCCAAUGCUCACGACUUAGAGCCGCGGUCCGGUACAGGUGUGAAAAAGGUCUCUCUCCAGUCUUAUCAGCAGAGAUUGACCUCUCAGACCCUGACAAAAACAGUAUCUUUCGGCGGCGACACUGCCGAAAAGAUUCGCGUUGAAUUCUGCAAUAUACCGCGCAAUGCCAGUAAUGUUUGGCUUUCGCAUUUUCUCGAUGAGGAGACGGUGCAUUUUCGACUGCUCUGCACAUAUAUGGACUUCUUUUCAGUGAACUCACUAUAUGAUCCGCAGAAUACUACAGACAGGCUAGCCUUGGGAAAGUUGGAUUCCACCGAACAUUGUACUGCGCUUACCACAGUGGCAACCAACCUGCAUCUCGCUUGCUCGGCCUUCUAUUUCCCCUAUGCCAAUUACUCAGUAUUGGUGUUCCCCGGCCAGACCCCUGAAUGGGCAUCACUGGCAGAUCGCUCUUUUACGUCGGCAAAUGUGCUGAAUUACCUCAUCUUCAGGCCAAAGAUUUCCGUCUGUAAUGAACAUUUUCCAGCGUUGUCGAAUAUAGCCAUCAGUGAAGCGACAACAUCUUCUCAACUUCAAAUAGAAUUGAUGCAGGAAGUUGCCAGCUUCGAUUACGACAUCCUUCUCGCCCCGCCGGCCGGCAAGAAACACGUCUUCUUCCUAAUGUACCCUCAAGGACUGGCUAGUCUCUUCAAAGCUAUUUCCCUCUGGCUAAGAGCAUGUCAGUCUGACUGCCAGAUAUUUCAUAGCGAUCAGCCAGGAGCUUGGGAUGCCUAUCAAAAGGCCACCAAUUCGGGUGCCGUGAUUCUCCACGAGUCAGUCCGGAAGAACAUCAGGAGCAUUCCUGGGUUGUGGCCUUUGCUCGGCCACAGCACUCACAUGCUGUGGAGUUUGUCUUCGGCCGACCAUGAAUCUCCCCUUAGAGUUGCUUCUGAAAGCAAUUUUAUCACAGGCGUGCCCCCACAACUGAGGAUCACACAACUGUUCCCUUUUGGACGAGUAUUUCUAAUAACUCCUGGCUUUGCAAUUUCACAGCCUAGAAAGUUGUGCAUCUUCCUUGAAUGGUUUAAAGAUAAAGCAGCCUUUGAGCCAUGCGUUAUUGUGGUCUGUGCAGAUUUCUCAAAUUAUCUCAUAGACAUUGUGAUUGGAAAGGCUCGAGAUAGGGUUCAAUACUUCAAAGAUCACCCUAGUGCUGACCCAAUGCUUCAAGGCUGUAUGGGUUUCGCCCCUGCGGACCACGACGCCAGAGUUCGUGCUUGGGAGUUACUCGGCGACAUCAGUCAACAGUAUGGAAACUUGCCUGAAGAUAUGCGCAAAAUUGUUUCGGUACACGAUCAGGUUGCGCCAGAUGAUGAGCAGAGCUUGGUUCACUGGUUUGCCGCUUGGUCUAUGACAAAGCUCGAAGAAUACCGAAAUUUUACGUUUUAG